GGUUGACCUGCUUUAUACCCCAAUCCACAGGUUUCAUUCAGAUCUGAUGCGUUCCAAUGCUUUUAGCACAUCAUUCCAUAAGGUUUGAUGCACUCCCUGUUUUUACCCCUUGGAUGCCUAUUGAUUCCAUGUUGAAAACCAUCUCGCUGCCGCGUUAACUUCGGGUUUCUGCUGCAUCAUAUUUCUGCACGUGGUAGUGUAAAGUCUGAGAGAAAAAUUGCUGCAGUUUAAGAUUCUGAAUCCUAGUGGAUAACUCAUGGCUGCCUUUUUAUAUGGAUUAUUAUGUGACCACAUUGACUUUGACUCUGACCUCCAAGCUGCAGCGCACAAGAAUGGCGGGGCUGUAUGAGAAACCGUCGGAGACGUACGCCAAGAAGCGGCCGCGGUACCCCAAGGAGUGGUUCUCCAUGCUCGCCUCCCUCACCGCCGGCCACCACCGCGCCUGGGACGCCGGCUGCGGCAGUGGCCAGGCUUCCGUCAGCAUCGCGGAGCACUACGACGGCGUGGUCGCGACGGACGUGAGCGAGGGCCAGCUCCGCCACGCCAUCGCGCACCCCAAGGUGCGGUACCUGCACACGCCGGAGGACCUCCCGGAGGACGACCUCGUCGCCCUGGUCGGCGGCGAGGGCUCCCUGGACCUGGUCAUCGUGGCGACCGCGAUCCACUGGUUCGACGUCCCGCUCUUCUACGCCGUGGUGAACCGCGUCCUCAGGAAGCCCGGCGGCGUCCUCGCCGUGUGGGGGUACAACUACGACAUCCACCCGUUCGGGGACAAGCUGCACGGGACGCUGUACCCGGCCAUGCGGCCGUACAUGGACCCGAGGACGAGGCUGGCCAUGGAGCGGUACCGCGAGCUGCCGUUCCCGUUCGAGCCCGUCGGGGUGGGCCGCGAGGGCGAGCCGGCCGACGUCGACAUGGAGGCGGAGAUGACGCUGGAGGACCUCGCCGGGUUCGUGAUGACCGGCUCCGUCGCCACCACGGCUAGGGAGAAAGGGGUGGACCUGGAGGCGCUAGUGAAGGGUGUGAUGAAGGAGGUGGAAGAGGGGUGGGGGGAUGAGCCGACGGUGCCCAGGAAGCUUGUGUUCAAGGCCUUCAUGCUGGCUGGGAGGCCCAGGUGAUGAUAAAACUGCUGGGUGGUAAAUUGGGAUCGGUACCGUUUGUUUUCUCAUGAUCAGAAUAAGUACUCCCUUCAUUUUUAUAUAUAAGGCCACAAACUCAUAUUACAGGUACCAAGGUAAAAAUCAAUGCGUGUUUAAGUCAAUUUUGCAAGCUAGUUUGUCACCUUGUUUGUCGUGUAAUUAAUGUGCUUUUUCUCUCUCACGCACAAUAAGCCAACCCUUUUACUCCUCGUUAUUGAUUAAUGUUGGGAAUGCAAGCCAACCUUCUCACUCCCA